AUGUACUCGGGAUUCAUGUUGAAGGAAGUGAUAUCUAUUCAAUCAUGGGUACAGUUUCAUUGCUCAAGUACAAAAGUUGCAUUGAAGCCUUUUCAACACGUGUUUUCUCCUAAAAACUGCAAUGUAGUGAUGAAAGAGGCAAGUGUAUUAUUGGAGUAUUCCAAAACUCCGAUGAAUAUGUAUUUGCAUGAAAAUUUACUUCAAAAUGUUUUUUUACUCUGCCAAUUAUUUAUUAAUUUCAAAUAUUAA